AUGCUAUUUUUGUCAAAUUUAAUACUGAAAAGUAACUCGACCUUCCAGAUCAUGGCAACAAGAAGAACAAAAACGAAAUUAAAAGUAGAACCAUAUCGCACUUGUCCUCUUGGACCAAGGAAUCUUAAAGUACAUCCUGCAUCAGCAGGACCAGUUUCAAGACAAAAUGUUGAAACGAAGUCGUAUUCCACAGCAUCUGGAAUGAUUUUUGUAAAGAAGUAUGGACAGCAUAUGCUAAAAAACCCGGGAGUUUUGGAUAAGAUCAUAAAAGCUGCAGAGAUUCGGCCAACAGAUACGGUUUUGGAGAUUGGCCCAGGUACAGGAAAUUGGACUGUUAGACUAGUUACUUUGGCUAAGAAGGUGGUUGCGAUUGACGUUGACUCGAGGAUGAUUUCUGAAGUUAAAAACAGGUGUUUCCAACUUGGAUACACUAACCUGGAAGUUAUUGAAGCUGACGCACUCAGAACAACUUUCCCGAGAUUUGAUAUUUGCAUGGCUAAUCUUCCAUUUCAAAUAUCCAGCCCUUUCAUAUUUAAGCUGUUAUCGCAUAGGCCAUUGUUCAGGUCUGCAAUAUUGGUUUUCCAGAAGGAAUUUGCAGAAAGACUUCUAGCGUCAACUAACGAUGACAAAUACGGCAGACUGGCAAUAAAUACGAGGUUAUUCUGCACAGUAACGAGAAUUUGUAAGAUUUCAGCAGGAAGUUUUAAUCCUCCGCCAAAAGUUGACAGUAUGGUUGUUAAGAUAGUGCCCAGGCAACAACCUCUUGUGGUAGAUUUUGGGGAGUGGGACGGUAUGAUAAGGAUUUGUUUCUCAAGAAAGAGGAGGACUUUGAGGAGUUUGUUUAAAAAGCAGUCAGUGUUAUCAAUUUUGGAGUCAAACUACAAAUCCUGGUGUACAAUAAAUAAUAAAGUUCCAGUAUAUAAGCCUUUUAAGGAAUUUGUUAUUGAAAUUCUCGAAAGUUCUGGUUUAGCGGAGAGAAGGAGCAUAACUGUGAGUAUUGCUGAGUUUCUAAAGCUACUGCUUGCAUUCAAUGAAGUUGGAAUUCACUUUUGCAACAUUGCAAACCCUUCAACUAAAGAUUCAAUGCCGAAUUUCUUAUUUGAAGAUGACGUUGAGAUGGACAUUGAUGAGUAG